UUGAAGCGGAACUGAGGCAGCAGACAAACUUUUCUGUUCGUACGAUUGUGAUAAGGAAAGAGGGCUGUUGUUAUGUUAUUCAAGUCACUAGUAGGGAGUGCCUGCACUCUGCUUGGAGCUGCAACAGCCUUCAAAUUUGCACCUGUGGAAGUCAAGGCCCAAGCAGCUGCUCUCCUUCACAGCGCAGUGAGGAAGUCCUCUGUGGUGGAACAAGCAAACAUGAAGAUUGAACUUCUCCCAGCUCUCAGCGACAAUUACAUGUACCUCCUGAUUGAUGUGGACUCCAGAGAAGCAGCUAUCGUUGAUCCUGUGGAGCCAAUAAAGGUUAUAGAAGCUGUCCGAAAACAUGGCGUAAAACUCACAACAGUUCUGACCACUCAUCACCACUGGGAUCAUGCCAGUGGAAAUGAGAAGAUGGUGAGACUAAUGCCGGGACUGAAGGUCUAUGGAGGAGAUGACAGAGUUGAUGCAAUUACAAAGAAAGUUUCUCAUUCCAACACCUUCAAACUUGGAUCACUCAAUGUCAAAUGCCUGUUUACGCCGUGUCACACAACUGGUCACAUCUGCUACUAUGUGACAAAAGAAAACAGCACUGAGCCACCAGCUGUCUUCACAGGGGACACGCUGUUUGUGGCUGGUUGUGGUAAAUUCUUCGAGGGUACAGCAGAGCAGAUGUACAAAGCCUUGAUAGAAAUUCUGGGACGCCUGCCUCCUGAAACACGUGUUUACUGCGGUCACGAGUACACCGUCAGCAAUCUGAAAUUCGCACGUCAUGUGGAACCAGACAAUGAAGUCAUUCAGAAGAAGCUAGCGUGGGCAAAGGAGAAGUGCAGCAGUGGAGAACCAACCAUCCCGUCCACUCUGGCAGAUGAAUUCACAUUUAACCCCUUCAUGAGAGUCAAAGAGAAGUCUGUGCAAGAUCAUGUAAAGGAGACAAGCCCGAUUGAAACCAUGAGAAGUCUCCGGAAAGAAAAAGAUGGCUUCCGGGUGCCCAAGGAGUGAUGUCCAUGCCGACUGUUUCCGAACAACUGCUUACAACACUGCUAGCCGUCAAUAGCAUACUACAGAAAAUAUCUGCAAUUAAUCUUCAAAGCCAUUUGAAAUACCAGUAGAAGUCCUGCAUUCAUUUCAGUCGAGGUACACAUUCAGAUAAUCAGUCCUAAUAUGACCAUAAGAUAAUCUGUCAUUAUUUAAGAUGUAUUUGGUUUGUUUGGAUGAUGUUGGUGUGAUGAUUUUAAGGAAUAUAUGGCCAUUAAUUGAAUGAUUUAAAUGAAAAAUAAGUUUGUUAAUCUGUAAAUGGGAGUUUUAGAGUAUAGUUUUAUGUUGUAAUAUAUAACUGUGCAAACUGCUGUCUCGUGAUAUUUAAAUUCCAAAAAAAUUAUUGAGACAGGGAGCUGCAUGAAUGACAAAUGUUGCAAUAUGUGUACAAUUUUUGUAAAUUGAUAAAGUCAUUUCUGUAAAGGUUCGUAUCCAUGAUUUAUUCUGACCUGGAAUGUGUCUUCAUGACACUUCUCUGCAUAUUUGCUGGUUUAGUUGUUCAAUAUAUAAAAUUCAGCACAAGUGCUUUUAUUCCUUCCUUUAUUUAAAAGCAUUGUGUGUGCAAAGCAUUGUGAAUUUAUCAGUGUGUCAGCAUUAAAUGUUCUAUAUCCUGAAUGCUCUUUUGCAUGUGAAGGACAAUCUUACAAAGAAAGUUGCAUGAUGUUCUUUGCAAAAAGCAAUAAAACACGUACUUUAAGUCAGCAGAAAAUGGAAGACUUGCAUUUGAAAUGUACUUUAAGUAUCAAAAAUAAAAGUAGACAUUAUGCAGAAG